UCUUUACUCCAACAUGGCUGUUUCUUGCUCCAGUGUCAUGGGAUUCUUGAGACGACUAAAGGAAUGGAAAAGAUUUAUGAUUAUUUUCCUGACACCAUUGAUUCUCAGCCCCUUGCCAUUAGUAGUCCAAACAAAGGAAGCCAGAACUGGAUAUGCAAUAUUGAUUAUGGGAACAUAUUGGUGCACAGAGGUCACCGACUUGGCAGUAACUGCUCUAUUGCCCUUGUUUUUAUUCCCUGUUUUGAGUGUGAUGCCUGCAAAAGAAGUUGCACCACCUUACUUCAAAGACACCAAUGUCCUAGUCCUUGGUGGGUUAAUAAUGGCAGUUGCCAUAGAGAGAUGGAAUGUACAUAAAAGGAUUGCAUUGAAGGUGCUGUUAUUGGUUGGUGCACAGCCAAGGAGGCUUAUGUUAGGCUUCAUGCUGGUUACUGCGUUCAUUUCUAUGUGGAUAACAAACACUGCAACAACAGCAAUGAUGACACCUAUCAUGGAAGCUGUAUUGAAGCAAUUAGACAAAGAAUACAUGCCAAAGAAAGACUGUGAAUGUGAAGAAGAUGAGCAAACUGUAACUGUAGGUGAGGAAAAUGGGGCAAAUAAUAGUAACACUGAUGAACAGAAGAGCCAAGACAACAGUGAAAUUGUAAAUUCUCAGACAGAUGAUGGGCAAGAAAUGGUAGAGCUAGCAGCCCCAAUUCAUCCAAGAAACACCAGUAGGAGAAAAUUACUAAAAAAGGAUGAAAAUGAUGUCACAGUUAGUGUUGAUGAUGACUCCGAGAAACCAGAGGAUGAGCAGACUAGAAAAUACAAGCUGCUGUGUAAGGCAAUGAUGCUGUCAAUUUGCUAUUCAGCCAAUAUUGGUGGCACUGGUACAUUGACUGGAACUGCACCACAACUUGUUUUAGCUGGACAGUUAACUGAUGUCUUCAAAUCUGGGCCUGGCAUAUCAUUCUUGUCAUGGUUCAUUUAUGCAUUUCCUGAAAUGCUCAUUUUUCUGAUAGUUGCAUGGAUCUAUUUGCAAGCUAUCUUCUUUGGUAUAAGUUGGAAACAUUUAUGCUGUUGCUUUCGUUGGAAAAAGCGAAAUAAAUCAAAGGGCAAAGAAGUGUAUUCAUUGAUGGAAAAGCAAUAUGCAGAGCUAGGCCCGGUGACAUUUGCUGAAUUCGUCGUUUUGUUCCAUUUUCUUGCUUUGGUCCUCUGUUGGAUGCUUCGUGACCCAAAGUUCAUUCCAGGCUGGGGAUCGCUUUUUCCAAUGGGGAAGAAAAGUUAUGUCAGUGAUUCAACAGCAGCAGUUAUCAUCUGCUUCUCGAUGUUUGUUUUCCCAGCAGAGCGACCAGAAAUGUUUGGAGGGCCACGUAGAAAGAGGCCCCAUAAAACUAUUCUUGAAUGGAAAGCAACCCAACUCAAGUUUCCAUGGAAUGUAACGCUUUUACUCGGAAGCGGUUUCGCUCUUGCAAGAGCUUGUGAAAAAUCUGGACUUUCGAUGUGGCUUGGAUGUCAGCUAACAGCAUUGAACUCAGUGCCAAAUUUCGUCAUAGCCUUGGUCAUAUCAAUCCUGCUUACCUUCCUCACCGAGUUCACAUCUAACACUGCAACCGCCACUAUUUUGCUGCCUGUACUUGCAUCUUUGGCACAAAGUAUACGAGUACAUCCAUUUUACUUGAUGGUUCCAGCGACAAUCUGCUCUUCGUUUGCGUUCAUGUUGCCAGUAGCAACACCACCUAAUGCUAUCGUAUUUGCUACAGGGAGGUUGACCAUCCCAGACAUGAUGAAAGCUGGUUUUGGAAUGAAUCUCAUCGGGAUUCUCGUCGUCACCCUUUCAAUAAAUACUUUUGGAAUGGCCUACUUUGGAUUGGACAAAUUUCCCGCAUGGGCUGAAGGAGCUGCUAAUGGGAAGCGCUGUGGACUCUCCAUACCGACUACCCUAGCAACGAACCUGACUACGCUAGCUGUAAACGCAUCUACAACCUUGUCGUCCAUGACUUCUGCAGCACCCACUGUAGCCAGUGCAGCGUCUACUUCUAUUGCAACUACUGCUGGUGCACUCCUAACAACCAUCGCAAAGAAUUUAACCACUGCUGCAACAAAUGCAACCAGAUAGAAAAACGUUUCGACUUCUCUUGCAUAGCAGUAUUCAAUGCAGUCGUUGAACCUGAAAUCCAUAAACAGUAUACCAGCCAUGCUUUUUAUCAUUACUCUUAAGAACUGCUUUGCCACAUACACAGACUAAUGAGAAUGUCUUUUAGCUAUACUGUCAAGUUCUGUUUACUUGUAAAUAGAUUAACGUGUGUCCUUCUAAUCUAAUUUCGUAAGUUCCUUUAGAAAUCAUUGUGGAAAAAUCUUUCAUAAUUAUUUGAACUUUGAGGAGAGGUAAAACAUUCAGAAUGGCAUAUCCUACAGGAGAAUGGGACUAGAAAUGCAAGAUUAAUUUAACGAUGAACUGGGCAAUUUUUUCCUUAAAAACUAUGACAUUAGAAACUAGGAAUAUUGCAAAGCGGUUGUCUUUGACAUCUUUUGUGCGUGAUUUUCUGAAGGGUUUUACAGCAAGGAGGUAAGAAUAAUUCAUGUCACAAUACCUUGAAAUAUCUUAUACCCACACACAGGGACCGCGGAACCGGGGGGGAGGGGGCUGAGGGGGCUUUAGUCCCCAACCCGAUAAUUUUCAAAAUGUGUAAUUCAAUCCUUCAAUCUGUACUAUGCUCCGCGGUCCUUGACACACAGUCUUGACAUUUUGAAUUAAAUUUAAGAAGAUUUUCCCGGUUAGAAAUGGUAUGCAUUUCCAAAUAAUUUUAACUUGGAAACAAACCUUAUUGGCUUGAAUAACACAAAUACGCUCAAUGGUUAUUAAGUUAUUAACCAUUUAUAUAAUAAAAUAGCUGUUACUGUUUUGGCAGAUAUGAGAAGUGUCUGGUAGAUAUGGUUUUAAAAGCAUUAGGUAUUUAUCUCAUGAAAUAUUUGUCUCCAUAAUAAUACAUUUGUCGAGAUGA